ACUUACUACUAGUACUUGCACCUUCUACCAUCGUCAUCACAGGUCUUUAUAGUGCUCAUAUCAUUUGUAUUCGAUAUUACAUCUCCUCCUGAUCCGAUCCCACGAAGUUUUACAAACCCUCGCAAUCAUGAAGUUCUUAUCAACUGCCGCUGCGCUUCUCGUCUGCCUCGCUCCCAUUUCCACCUCAGCUCGAAGCCUCGACUUCCUCAAGUCAUCCCAAUCCCCUAUCCAAGCACAAGGCAAAUCAGUCGCAGGAGAUAACCCUCUGGAAUACUGUAACGACCCGUCGGGCGACGUCCUAGAUAUCAAACAGGUGGACUUGGCACCUAACCCACCUCUCCCUGGCAAAACACUUGUCAUCACGGCUUCGGGCACCCUGCGUGAAAAGAUUGAGGAAGGUGCUUACGUGCUUUUGGAGGUCAAAUAUGGCUUGAUCACUCUUCUCAGGCAGACCGCCGAUCUCUGCGAACAGCUCGUCAACGUAGACCUUAAAUGUCCCCUGGGGCCAGGUGACAUGACCUUGACCAAGCAGGUCGAAUUGCCGAAACAGAUUCCUCCUGGAAAAUACAAUGUUCAAGCCGAUGUCUUCACUAAGGAUGAUGAGCGCAUCACUUGCCUGAAGGCCGUUAACGUUGAAUUCAAGGGUCCCUUCUAAGAGGUCAGCAAUAUGUACAGCCUGCACUUAGAGAUCGGUAUGCUCAAUCUAGGUUGAGCAU